CCUUAAAGGACGUGGCAUACAGGCCAUAGCGUCCCUGAUUUCUCAUCCGGCGUCGGUUGGACUUUCUGAGCGUUAUGUACAAAUGAUCCUUUCUGUCUACCGCAAGAUUCUCCAACAGCAACCUCAUCUAAUCUAUAUUUGGGAUGAUUUGCUUCCACAUGUGGUCAACAUCAUCAACACCUGGAAGGUUUCGGUUUAUGGUGUGUCACCGGCAGAGUUGCUGUUUGGGUUCAAACCUAGGUUUGUCCCUGGCGAUCUCUCCAUCGACGAGGAACUCCGCGCGGAAUUGAUUUCGCAGCCGCAAUUCGUUCCUGCGUUUGAGCAUGAGCCUAAUGUCUCUGCAGUCGGUAUUCGCCUUGCUAAACUAGAUGAGCUCCGUGACAUGGCAAUGCAGAUCCGCCUCCGUCGUCAACUCAAACAAGCCAAGGAAACUGCACAGGAAUUUGCUGCCAAGAAUCACCACAUCCAGGAGCUGGCGAUGAACUUCAGCUUCGAGGAUGGGGUGCCAGCCGGGUUCAUCUCUAUAGAGGGGUUGGGGAGCCUAGAGGGGCAGGUUGGGCAUGGUAGGAGGAGAGAGGAGGAGGCGGAGGAGGCGGAGGAGGAUGAGGAGGAGGAGGAGAAUUGGGGGAGGGGGCCAAAGGGCCGUAUAUUAUUGUAG